AUGGUGUUGUGGCGUAUACGUGCAAAUAUGGAGGAAAUUGAUGUUGGACGUCAUUACUGGGGGCAUCCGACAAUCUUUUCCAUUAGGUUAUACCAUGGUGGAGAGUUCACCAAAUUUCCUGGAAGAAAGUACAUCAAAGGAAAACAAACGUAUAUAGACUUACUCGACAUGGAUACUUUCUCAGUGCAUGACAUUGAUGAAAUGAUGGAACAGUUAGGCUAUGUUGAUGAAGAUUGGUAUGAUACUGGGGAGACAAAUGUUGUUGGGGAUGCUUCUAAAGAGGCUAAUGUAAUGGACGUCACUGGAGAUGACAAUAUGGACAUAACUGAUAAUGGGGAUAAUAACAAGGAAGGAAAUCCAUGUGUUGAAGUUGAAAUUGGGGACAUAUUUGAGCACACGAAUGAAGUUGAAUUUAGGGAUGGUAACAAGGGUGGAGAAGAUCCAUGGUCUAAAUUUGAAAGUGGGGACAUGUUUGAGGACAUAAACGAAGAAGAAUUUGGAAGUGGGGACAACUUUGACGAUGAUAGUGGUUAUAAAUCCAGUGAGUCCGAUGAUAUAGACUUUUAUGUUGACAAUGACAACAUCUUAGAUGAUGUAGAAGUUGACAUGAAUGAUUUCAAUGAUAACAUUGAUAUGGAUGCAGAGUGGGUUGGAGGUAUGAAUGACAAUGUGGUACAAGAAGAGAAUGAAGUUGGAGAGCUUAAUGAAGUACUAAAUAACGAGCCCAAGAGUUUAAAGAAAGAGUUAAAGUCCAUGCUAUUGAGACAAGAAGGGAACUUGGUUUUGAAAAAAAAUGACAAGAAUAGGGUAAGAUUUGUGUGUAGGGGGACAAUACCAAAACUGGGAAACUUAGACAAAAGUGGGGAAGGUCAACAAGAAGUCAACAAUGAAGAUGAAGAGAAGUGCCCGUGGAGCCUCUACGCUAGUAAAUGGAAACGUGAUAUAAACUGGAUGGUGGAAUCUAACCCAACUAUUCCAAUUCGUGCUUUACAAGAAAAACUGCAACGUGAUUACCAAGUGGGACUUUCCAAGAUGAAAGUGUUUAGGGCUAGAACUGAAGCUCUCAAUCAGGUGCGAGGGGAUUAUGUUGGUCAGUAUGCUCUAUUGAGAGACUAUGUUCAAGAACUUCAAAAACAUAACCCAGACACGACUGGAUUUGCUGCUGGAAGAAGAGACUUUCUUGGUCUCGAUGGUGCUUUUAUGAAGGGUCCAUACCCAGGACAAAUACUUUCAGCUAUGGGAAUUGAUGGUAAUAAUGGAACAUAUCCACUGGCUUAUGCUGUUGUGGAAUCUGAGAGUACCAACUCAUGGACUUGGUUUCUAACUUGUCUAGGGAUGAUUUGGGUUUAG